CUCUUUAUUUUUAGUGUAAAAGAGGGUCCGUUCUACGAGCCGUACUUCCAGUGCGUCACGUACGCCGUGUCGGCCGAGUCGGAACGCCUCUACAACAUCAUCAACUUCAUCACACUCUUCUUCAUCCCGCUGCUGGGUCUCAUCGCGUCCUACCUAUCCAUCUACUGUACAUUAUCCAGGGGCCGCAGCGAGAUGCGCAUGAUGAGCGAGAUGAGCGUGUCCAUGACGCACAACCGCCAGCGCAGCAUGAAGCGCGCCAUGGUCAAGUCGCGCUGGAUCGCCGUCGUCAUCGUGUGCGCCUACAUCGUCUUCUGGCUGCCCUACUACGGCACCAUGCUCGUCUACUUCCUGUCGCCGGGCCAGUGGUACGACUCCAAGUGGAUGGACUGGAUCUUCUUCUUUGGCAUGGCAAACAGCGUCGUCAACCCGGCAGUGUACGGGAUGUUCCAGCUUUGGAAACCGAAGAGAAGAAAACAGUGGUCUUGUUUCCGGCCUAGGGAGGGCUCGACGCAACUCACCCACCUCACGAUACAGGAGAGCUUCCGGCGCGCCAAGCCGCACAAGCCGGGGCUCUCGCCGCUGUCGCCCACGGGGUCGCUCCGCGGCUCGUCGCUGUCUCUGCCGCCCUCCCCGGUCGCCCUCCACACCCUGCCGGACGUGCGGCGCGAGGCAGAGGCGGUGCCGAGCGCCGAGACGAGCCAGCGGACGACGACGACCAAGCCCGCCAACCUCAGCUGGCGCGCCCGCGUCCUUCGGAAGUACAGGACGCUGCGCGCCGCGUCCAACCAGACGCACAUAUGAUCCGCAGACUGUGCCAGUGUGGUUUGACGCGAGGCGUCACCAGACUUUCUCAAUUUUGCUUAUGAAUUGUCUCGAGAUUUAAGUUUCUUAAAAGGGAAAGGAAAAUAUGGUGUACAACUGAAGACCCAAAAUGGGACAAGUCUCUACUUCUGGGCUACACGGUGCCGAGGUCCGCCACUUUCACCCUGCUCAGAAAAGGGUGGUCCACUUUUAAACUCUUAGGCAUACUUUAACCAACAUCCAAUAAUUUCCGAUUGUCUUCAAACUGUUUUAAUUUCUUCUGGGUAAAAUUACAAAAUAUUUGUGAGUAAAAUGCAAAAUGAAAUGGCACUUGUUAUUUUAUGUAAUACAUAAUUGGCAAGAAGUUGUAAACACUGAUGAAUUAAAUGUUCAAGCGAAUUGUGCAUCAGAAAGUUCUACUCACAGCUGUGUCAAUUUGAAGAAAGUGUUCAACUGAAAAAUUAAAAAGCCAAGGGCCCGAGUAGCACACUUUUUAAUUCACGAUUCGAGAGUUGCACACUAAUCGCUGAUUUGAAUUGAGCACUCCACUUAUCAAGUGUAAAAUGUUUUGUGGUUUUUCUUUUACAAAUGAAGUGAACGUUUUAGGCGGUUUAUCACUAUACUUGCCUAGCAUAAAUAUUUCGCAAUUUUACAAAAGACAAAUCAAACAGUAGUUUUCCUUGCUCAUAAUCUGAUGUAUUAAGUUUCAAUUGCUAAAUGUAAUAAUGCCUGUGAUAUUAAAAAGACGGAACGUGUGUAAAAUAACGCGUUUGGAA